AUGCCAGAAAGCCCAAAGGUGAGAAAAUUCUGCUCCGUGGUCAUCCCCACUGCGGCCACCCAGAUGGCACCAAGGGCAGAGAAGGACGGGGAGAAGCUGCACCCCGGCUGCGUUCAGACCCCUUUUCGCAGGGAGACAGGGCAGAAGCAGGAAGGGGCUGGCCAAAAUGUCCAGGGUCGUCAUUCCCAACUCGAUCCCUCCUUCGGAAACGCGCCCUCGCUGGGAACAGAACCAGGCUUGGGUCUCACUUUGCUUCGGGUUUUUCUUGCUGCAGGAAAAUGUUUGCUCGCCCACCCUGCCGAGGCAGAUGAGAAGAAAGCCGACCCCUGCCACCACCCCAAGCAGCGACAGCGGAGAAAACCCCGAGUUUUGUUCUCCCAAGCUCAGGUGUUUGAACUGGAGCGGCGAUUUAAGCAACAGAAAUACCUCUCCACUCCGGAAAGGGAGCACCUCGCCAGCGUGCUCAAGCUCACCUCCACGCAGGUGAAAAUCUGGUUCCAAAACCGGAGGUACAAGUGCAAGAGGCAAAGGCAGGAUAAAUCCCUGGAGCUGGCUGCCCACCCGCUGCCCCCUCGGAGGGUGGCAGUGCCCGUGCUGGUCAGGGACGGCAAACCCUGCCUCGGGGGCUCGCAGCCUUACCCAACGCCGUACGGCAUCGCCGCCAGCCCUUACUCCUACAGCUCCUACUACAGUGCCUAUAGCAGCAGCCCGUACGGGGUAAAAUGGGUUUGCGGGCACAUCGCGGGGCAUCACGGGACGGGUUGGUGUCACCUGGAUGACACCGUUGUCACCUGGAUGACACCAACGCCACCGGUGCUGAACCCAGGGGCGCAGGAUCCCCAGACUCUGAGCACUUUGGCGGCCGGGAGCUCUGCCAGCGUCUAUGGGAUUUGUUUGCUGCUAGGUAUCGUCACGUACGAGACCUGCAAGCCAGCACCAAUCCUGCACUGCUCCUGUGGCCAGUCCAUGGGAACCCCCAAGCAUCCAUAUAAAACCAGCUCAGUCCCUGCUCCCCAGAAACAUGAUGUAAUUGAUGACAUGAGCACGAAGAGGUACCGAAUCCAGAGUGAUUCGGGUCACUCCCCAUCUCAAUUCAAGCGCCAGCUGCUCAGCUUCAUCAAACGAGGAGAUGGCGAUGGGCACCACUAA